CGGAAUGCUGCGGAAGCGGAAACACGCGUUCUCUUUUCCGCCUGUGUUCGCAGCGCUGCGACACAUGUGCGAGUUAAAUCAUAAUAAUUGAUCAAAAUGCGUAUUGAGAAGUGUUAUUUCUGCUCGGCUCCGGUUUAUCCGGGACACGGAAUGAUGUUUGUGCGGAACGACUGUAAGAUGUUCAGGUUCUGCAGGUCCAAAUGCCACAGAAACUUCAAGAGGAAGCGAAACCCGAGAAAGACCAGGUGGACCAAAGCGUUCAGGAAGUCCGCGGGCAAAGAGCUGACGGUGGAUAACUCACUGGAGUUCGAGAAGCGCAGAAAUAUUCCUGUCAAAUACAACAGAGAGCUCUGGAGCAAGACGGUGGAGGCGAUGAAGAAGGUCGAAGCCAUCAAAAACAAACGUCAGGCUCGGUUUAUCAUCAACAGGUUGAAGAAAGGCAAAGAGCUGGAGGCGGCGGCAGAUAUCAGCGAAGUCAAGAAAAACAUUCACCUCAUCAAAGCUCCACACGCAGGUCAAGCCAAGCAGCUGGAGGACAAGAUGGUCCAAAAACUGGCAGAAGACGUGGAAAUGGAUGAGUGAAGCGAGGAAACUUUACAUUUGGACUUUCAGAAUGUUUCUGCUUUGAAAUAUUGAGAAUUAGUGGCGUCAUCACGCUACAUAAACAUGAAUAUUCAUCAGAAUCCAGGUGGAGUCGACAGGACUUAUUUGCACGUUCCUUCUGCAAUAAUCCUUCUUAUUACUCCAGUGGCUAAAGAUUAUUUUGGACAUCAAGUGUCGUGUGUUAUAACUGUCCAUUCAUCUGAUCAUCAACACUUGAACUCUGGAAUUUGUGCAAAAUCUUAAUUCCAAUAAAAACUUCACAUACAGUUUG